CAGGAUCAAUCUCUUCUAAAUUUUGCUCCAUCAACAGCAGGUGAAUCUGGAUCUGGCCUUCCUACUAUCACUUCUCCUAAAGAUUAUAACCAUGAGCAAGUAAAAAAACUAAUUGCUAAGAUGAUAAUAGUUCAUGAGUAUCCAUUUAGGAUGGUUGAGCAUACUUGGUUUAACAUUGUCAUGAGGUAUUUGAAUCCUUCAUAUGAGUUCAUUGGUAGGAAGACUAUAAGAGCUGAAUGUUUAAAGAUCUAUGAGUCUGAAAAAGAAUCACUAGCAAAAGUCCUUAAAGGUGUUGAGUACAUUUCCCUAACCACUGAUUUGUGGACAUCCAAUCAAACAUUAUCAUUUUUUUGGUUGCACACUACAUAGAUAAUGAUUGGAAGAUGCAAUGUCGUGUCCUGAUUUUUUUUGAAUUGGACCCCCCACACAAAGGGCCUGUUAUAGGACAAGCAGUAUAUGAAUGUGUUGCUGGCUGGAAAAUAGAGGAUAAAAUUGUUUCCAUGACUUUAGAUAAUGCCUCAAACAAUGAUGGUGCUAUUCGAGGUUUGAGGGCCAGAUUUUCAGCUAGACAAGGAAGUGCUUUUGUUGCAAAAUAUUUCCAUAUCAGAUGUUGUGCACACAUAAUUAAUUUGGUUGUUAAGGAUGGGACUGCUGCAUUGGAUUCUUUAAUAAGCAAUCUAAGAUCUACUGUCAAGUAUAUUAAAAAAAUCUCCUUCUCGCCUGCAUAAGUUUGUGGAGAUUUGUAGAUCCCUAGCUUUGAAAAUUGGAGAAGGGUUGAGUCUUGAUGUGUCAAAUAGAUGGAGUUCAACUUACAAGAUGUUGCAUACUUGUAUAGCUUAUAAAGAAGCCAUUGAAACAUAUGCUGAUGCAGAUUUAAACUAUAAAUGGGAACCUACAGCUGAAGAGUGGGAUUUGUUUAUUGCAAUUGAACCAAUUCUUGCAUCUUUAGCUAAAGUUACCACUGCAUUGUCUGCUUCUUCAUAUCCUACUGCGAAUCUAUUCUAUCCUCACAUUGUGGAUAUAAAAAUUGCAUUGAGGGCAGCAAUGGUCUCCAAUAAUUUGAAUUUGAGAACAAUGGGUAAUGCUAUGAUGGAAAAGUUUAACAAGUAUUGGGAAGAAAAGAAUAAUGUUAUGGUGAUUGCUACUAUUCUUGAUCCAAGGUAUAAAAUGAGAUUUAUUGAGUGGUGCUUCAAUAAGAUAUUUGAUGAACAUCAAGUUUUGUUUGAAUUAGAAGAUGUUCGUAGUGAGUUAGAAAAACUUUAUGGGGAUUUUGAGGUGCAGCAUAGAGAGAGAAAAGAGUCUCAAAGCAAAUCUAAUGCUUCCUCAUCUUUGAGUAUUGAAAGAUCAUGUAGUUUGCCAUCCGCUUCAUGUCAAUUUCAGUCUUUCUUGUCAUCAACUCAGUCUAACCCAUCAAAGAGCGAGUUGCUUAUCUAUUUGGAGGAGACUAAUGUGUGUUUAUCGGACAAAGAGUUUGAUUUGCUGAAUUGGUGGAAGGUUAAUUCACAUAGAUUUCCAGUGGUGUCGAGAAUGGCAAAGAAAUUCCUAACUAUACCGGCGACAUCAGUGUCUUCGGAGUCUACUUUUAGCACGGGAGGUAGAACUCUUGAUGAUUAUCGUAGUUCUCUAAGGCCUUCAAUGGUGGAGGCAUUGGUAUGCUCUUCUAGCUGGAUCCGAGGAACACAUGAUGGAAGCAUGAUAUAUGUGGAAGAAGAUGAUGAGGACAAUGUUGAGAACAUUCUAUUUCCAAAAAGCUUGGUGGAAAGCAACUAGUAAGAGAUCUGAAUUCUAAUACUCUUUGUUAGAAUAUAGGGGAAACAUGAAUUAUUUAGUGCUAUUUGUAAACUAAUUAGAAUUGCCUUCACAGAAUUUGGAAGAAUUGGAUGGA